AUGACAAAUAAUUCUAAGACUCCAGUCAAUGGUGUAGGAACUUCAUCCCGUACUGUUUUUCAUCUGGAUGAUUACACUCAUCCAUGUCACCCACUCUAUGUUCAUCCCUCUGAUGUUUUGGGUGCUUCUCUAGUUUCUAUUCCUUUUGAUGUGUUUGGUUAUUCUAGUUGGUGUGGGACUAUCCUAGUAGCUUUGUCUGUUCGUAAUAAAUUGGAUUUCAUUAACGGUUUAUCUGUCAAGCCACCUGCUGAGUCCCAUUUGGCAAGGCAAUGGCAGAGAUGCAAUAAUUUAGUCAUCUCUUGGUUGACAAACUCCCCUACCAAAGAAAUAUCUCGUAAUGUUGAGUACUAUGAGUUACCCAAGGAUGAUAAAGCUAGGUUGUUUGAACUUAAGAAGGAGUUGGCACAUAUAUCUCAAGGUUCACUAGAUAUAGUAUCUUACUUUAAUACCAUAAAACAACUUUGGGAUGAGAUAUCUUCCAUUUCUGUCAACCAUUUAUCUGUUUGUACAUGUGGGGGUAACAAGAAAGCUAAGGAAGAACAGAGAGUUUAUUAG